UCAAUCUACUACUAAAAAUGACUUAAAAUUCAAUUUAACUACCACUCCAACUACAACUACCAAUGCUAAAGCCAUUUCCACAAACAAUAUCAAAUUAUAUACUACUGCCAAAGCCAACGUAAUAAUUACAUCCAAAGUCGUAUCCACUACUGUCAAAGCUAAUGCAAUGACUACGACCAAAGCCUCUUCCUCUACUGUCAAAAUCAAUGCAAUCACUACGGUCAAAGCUGCCCCUACUACUAUCAAAAUCAAUGCAAUCACUACGGCUAAAGCUGCCCCUACCACUAUCAAACUCAAUGCAAUUACUACGGCUAAAGCUGCCUCUACUACUGUCAAAAUCAAAAAAGCUGUCAAAAUCAAUUCAGCCACUACGGUCAAAGAAUUCACUAUAGCUAAAGCUGUCAAAAUCAAUUCAGCCACUACGGUCAAAGAAUUCGCUAUAGCCAAAGCUGUCAAAAUCAAUUCAACCACUACGGUCAAAGCUGCUCAUACUACUAUCAAAGCAAUCACUACGGCUAAAGCUGUCAAAAUCAAUUCAACCACUACGGCCAAAGCUGCCCAUACUACUAUCAAAAUCAAUGCAAUCACUACGGCUAAAACCGUCUCUACUAUUACCAAAGCAACCGUCACUUCUAAAGUCCACGGCCUCACCACAAAUAGAAUUAGCAGUAACAAAGCCACCACUACUAAUACAGCUGUACCAAUUAUCAUUCCUUAUUGUUGUAAAAGGGGAAGUCCCGGUUUCGGUAGUCAAUAUUUGCAUAAUAUAGUUUAUAAUGUACAUUUUAAUACAGAAACAUUAUUAGAAUGUUGUAUAGCCUGUAUUAAUAACCGUGAUUGUAUUCAAUGGACCUUUGACCAUUAUAAUAAGAAAUGUUGGUAUGCUAAUAAUGCUUUACAAGAUGUUUGUAAACAAAGUACCACAGGUUAUUCCUCCUUUGACGGUGGAGUUAUGCGAUGUUCAGGCGGUUGUAUGCCGUAA